UCGAAGAAAUCUACCCCAGCUUCAUGUCCCGGAUGAAGGAGGUUCAGAAGGUGCUGCUGCCGAUGCCGGAGAACGUCCUGCAGGAAGUAACGUUCCACGCUGGUAGCAACUACAUCCUGCUAGACUCGAAAACUGAACUUUGCCGCAACCACAGCAGUCUAAUGUUCGAGAGCUUCCUCAACUUCGAUUUUUGGGCGCUUCGGAUGGUGGACGCAUCGUCAAAACUGCCCUCGGGCGUACUGGACGGCCACAUAAUGGACCUGGGCAGCUACGACCAGUGUCUGUCCGUGGAAGCCCCAGGGAAGAUAUUCGUUGGACAGAUGUGCGUUGUGGAGGCAAGAGGAUUUUUUCCGGACACCAUCGAUAAAUUCAACGCUGAGCGACCUUUCAUGCAGCCGCUCAGGGAAGAUCUCUUAUUCUCGGUCUGCGUACCCUCCUCCUGCACCGCUCAAGAUGUUAGUGCUCAUCUAAACAUCGCUUUGAAUUCUGUUAACGCCUCCGCAAUAGUCUACGACUCUAGUUGUUCCUCUAACAUUCCUGUGCCUCUAAAAGCUAACGAUUGGAUAGCUAUAUUAUUGAUCGCAGUCGUCAUCCUACUUGUGAUAUUGAGCACUGUUUACGAAAACUCCAGUCUUGGAUCCGAGAAGAACGCUAUUCUGUGCGCAUUCUCCCUGAAGACGAAUGUUACCCAGAUGCUCUCCACUCGAGCUUCUCCCACGGCCUUGACCUGCCUCAACGGUCUUCGCGUCCUGGCCAUCUUCUGGAUUAUGACGGGACACAGGAUGCUCCAGAUGUUAAGCUUCCCGAAACAGCGGGGUAGAGAUGUCUACGAAGUUUUGGAUGGCUACAGCUGGGCGCCUGUUGAGAGCACACAACUAGCAGUCGAGAUAUUCUUUCUCAUAUCAGGAAUACUUGUGACCUACGGAUAUCUCAACCACAAACUGAAAGGCCUCAAGUUUAACAUUCCCACUUUCUAUUUGUAUCGAUACUUAAGGCUAACACCGCCUUUGGCUGCAAUAGUGUUGCUCUACGGUACACUUGCCAUUCGCUUCACAGACGGUCCUCUGUGGCGGCGUGUCUUUGACCGACCAUAUUACAACUGCCGCCACAACUGGUGGGCCACACUCCUCUACGUCAACAACUACUACGACCCUUACAGAAUGUGCGUGUCACAGUCAUGGUUUGUAUCAUCAGACUUCCAGCUUUAUCUGUUCUCCCCUAUCUUGCUGAUACCCCUACACAAAAGGCCUAAGUUGGGGUUGGCGCUCACCGCAAUGUUCGUGUUAAUCACAACCAUGGGUGGCCUCUGGAACGCUAUCGUUAACGAUCUCAAGGGUGGUAUGGCUGUUUCAAUGGACAGGAGAUCUGAGGACGCAACAGUUCAGGACUACAUAGUGACGCACUGGAGAGCGGCCUCCUUCCUGAUAGGGAUGGCUCUGGGCUACUUCCUCUUCAAGAUAAAACAAGGAGAUAUCGCCCUAAAGCUGUCCAGAGCCAAGCUUUGGGCGGGUUGGAUGAUAUCUACGUUCUUCAUCCUAUUUGUCGUGAUCUUCGUGACGGUUCUUGAGGACCCCGAGUAUGUGCCCAACGCCUGGGUAGACAUUUCCUACAUGAUCUUCCACAGGCAUGUGUUUACCUUGGGGAUAGUCUGGAUAGUUCUAGUCUGCACCCUUGGUCAUGGGGGAUGGGUGAACCAAUUCCUCUCUUGGAACACUUUGAUUCCUUUCGCGAGACUUUCGUAUGGCGCGUUCCUCACACACCUUCUCAUCCAGACUCUUGAAAACUUUUCUCAGAGAGUCCCCAUCUCUGUCAGCCACAAGCAUCUGUGGUACCACGUUGCCGGCGACUUCACUCUCACCUACAUUGCCAGUGCGGUGCUUUACCUGACUGUGGAGGGUCCCUGCUCCAACAUUACGAACUGGUGCUUUCAAGGUCAAAGGAAAACCAAAGAGAAUCUUCAAAAUCAUACUGAGUUGCCAGUUCACAAGGAAAAAACGUGACAUUAACUUCACGUAAUAUGGUCUUCUCUACUGUAGCAGCAAAUUUUCCAAUCUGUAAAAAGAAUCAUUUAAUAUUAUUUUUAUUUUUUCUAUACAGUAAAAAUAAAACACCAUUUAAUGUCCGACUUAAGGACCAUUCUAACACUUUCCGUUGGACAACAGAAUAACAAAUAUAAUAACAAAAUGUUAUUUGUA